AAACCGUGUUUCUUAUAUAUUUGAAUCCAUGAUUCACGCACAACUGGUUAAAGCAUAAAUGGAAUCAAAAUCAGAGCAAAACGAGUGGAGCUCCGGCGUGUGGGCUCACUUAACCGCCGUCCGGCAACAAUCGCCGCUAGUUCAGUGCAUCACCAACUUCGUCUCCAUGGAUCUCGUCGCCAACACGCUUCUAUCCGCCGGUGCAUCUCCGGCUAUGGUCCAUUCCGUCGUUGAGAUUCCUGAUUUCACUCCUCAUAUUCACGCGCUCUGCGUCAACGUUGGAACACUUACACCUGACUGGCUUCCGUCGAUGAAAGCUGCCGCCGAACUCGCUUCUAAGCUCGGAAAGCCUUGGGUUCUCGAUCCCGCCGCCGUGAGCUGCUCCGGAUUCCGAUUAAAAGCGUGUCUAGAGCUCGUGAAGCUAAAACCUACUGUAAUCAAAGGAAACGGUUCUGAGAUUAUUGCUCUCUCCUCUGCUUCACGUGGACACACUAAGGGUGCUGAUAGCUCACAUGAAUCUACUGACGCUAUAGAAGCUGCAAAGUCAUUAGCUCUGUCAAGUGGUGCUGUUGUUGCAGUGUCCGGAGCUGUUGAUAUCGUUACUGAUGGGAAACAGGUUAUUGGUGUUCACAACGGGACGAAGAUGAUGCAAAAGAUCACUGCAACUGGUUGUUCUCUUGCUGGUUUGGUUGCUGCGUUUCUUGCUAUUGAUUCAUCACGGGCUCUGGAAGCUACGGUUUCUGCUAUGUCGGUCUUUGGUAUCGCAGGUGAGUUGGGUGAAGCGAUGGCAAAUGGUCCAGGUUCAUUGAGAAUGCAUUUGAUAGAUUCUCUUUAUGGGUUGGAUGAAACCACAGUGCUUAAACGUGUGAAUAUCACCAGGUUGGGUUGAUGUACAUGAAUCUUUUUCUUGGAAUAAAGUUUCUUAAGAUAUCUCUGCAACGUCCUUGAUCGUUGUAUAUCGUUCAGCUCUAGGUUAUGGUAGAUAGGACUCUCAUGGUUAUAUACUUUUGACUGAGUUUUAUCGCGUUGUUUAUCCUUGGAUUAGAGUUUAAUUUGGGGUUGCUGUGUCAAAACCUUGAGUAAUAAGUGGCAGAAUUCUUU